AUAUCUAUGCUCAGAAUAGGACACUAUUUUGAAUAGAAGAUACUCUUCCGCCCUCUAUAAAAAAAGUUAAGAGUACACAUGGUUUUCAAUCAGCGCCACUUGGUUUUAGGCCUACGGUUAUAGUGGGAUUUGUGAUCAGUUCAGAACCAGUAUAACUAACCGUCACUAUAACUGAAAAUUUAUAAUAAUUUAAUAUUCACUUUCAGUUAGGUUUUGAAAUUUUUCUUUGUAUUCAAAAGACUGUUAAGAAAAAAUGACAAAGUCCAGAGGUGGCAGGAUUGAGCUUGGAGAUGUUACACCCCAUAAUAUUAGACAGCUAAAGAAGCUCAACCAGGUUGUCUUCCCAGUUAUUUAUAAUGACAAGUUCUAUAAAGAUGUGCUUGAAGCAGGAGAACUAGCAAAAUUAGCUUAUUAUAAUGACAUUAUUGUGGGAGCAGUAUGCUGUCGAGUAGAUAACUCGGACAAUUCUAGGCGUCUUUACAUCAUGACGUUAGGCUGUCUUGCUCCAUACAGACGUUUGGGUAUUGGAUCAAAGAUGGUAGAACAUGUACUAAAAUAUGUUGAAAAGGAUGGGAAUUUUGACAGUAUAUUUCUGUGAGUAUCUUUUCAAUGGUGCAACUAAGCAAU